AUGGUGGAGGACGCAGUGCUGCAGCAACAAGAAGAACAGUCUCAAGUCAAGAAUGAGGCAAUUUUGGCGCUUAUUGACGCUACAUCAAGUAGUUACCAACAGCAGAUAAAUGCAGGUUCCACGCGGGAUGAAAGUGUGUCAAGUGUGUUGAAUUUGGACUCGGAUGAGUUGAACUUGGACGCAGUGGCGGCUUCAAAACGGUACCAGUCCAAGUAUCAUGGUGAUUUUAACGAGUAG